AUGCAGUCUGUUGGGAGAGGCGAAGAGGGCAGCUCGCUUCAGUUACAUGUCCUCCCAUCACAUGAGGACAGUGUGAUUGAGGCGGCGCUGUCCUCAGAAUCUAUUGCCUGCUCCCUGGAGGAGGAAAUGGGCCCAGGGUCUGUCUUUGAGACUGUCCACAGUGUAACGGCACAAGAGCCACCAAUCACACCACCACCUGUCCAGCCACUGCCACCUCUUCAGUCGGAGUCAUCACCUGGCCCAGGAGGAUCCAUGCGGCUGAUGGAGGAUAUGGUUCGGGCCAUAAGGAGGCAGACCAGGGCCAUAAUGAGGCAGACCUGGGCCAUCAUCUUGUCGGCCGAAAAGAACCGUGUGGUGUCCCGGGUCAGCAAAGAGCAGCGCCAGGCGAUGGAGCACAUGAGAGUUUCCAUUAUUGAUGAAAUCGUGCGCCAUGUUUCUCCAUCGUCUGGAUCAUCGGAGUCCGAACCGAUAUCCUCCACCCCACCAGGACCAUCCUUGAUGAGUCGUCCAGGGACCAGAGAAGGCAGCCACCGGCGGAGACGAGGGCCUCGUGACCGGAGGUCCCAGUAA